AUGAAUUUUGCAUUAUGUUCUAACAAUCAUCCGGUGAACUAUAAGGGCUGUUCAACUUAUAAAGAUCUUCAGUCUCGUAAGAAACCAAAUUCAAAGUACCACAACCAAUCUAAUCUUAAUUUUAAGACUAAUAUUGUAAAAGACAGCCAUCUAUCAGGUAACACUCCACUCAAUAUUAAUGCAAAUCAAUUUCAAACGUAUAUUCAAGCCAUUCAGAAUCAACCCCCUCCUCAAAAUACUCCUUUAUCAACACCAGAUACUAAUACUCAAAUGUCAAGCUUCUUUAACGAAUUUAAACUCCUAAUUAACCCGUUAAUUUCUUUAAUUACUAAAGUUAUUUCCUCCUUAUUAGAUAAAAAAUAA